AUCGGCACGGCCUUCCUUUGUCCUUUCCCUUCUCUCCUCCCUCCCUUCUCUCUUUCUUUCCUUCUCACCUCCAACUCGGUUUCUCUUCUCCCGUCACGUUCACCCCUUGCUAAACCUUAUCGCCAUUCCUGCCGUUGACGGGAGAUGUCGUCGCGGAUCAAGGAGAGAUGCGGCGGCGGAGGGAAGAUUCCGGCGUCCAAGCCCCAAAAUCUCCCCUUCCAUUCCACCCCCAAGGACAAAGCUGGCCCCGCCGCCCGUAGGACCCCAAUCGCUGCCGGCAAGGAGAACCUUAGGACCCUCUCCGGCGGGAAGAUAUCUUCCAUCCGGCCCACUCCUGUGCCCAGGCUCGUCGAGAAGCCGGCAGCGGCUGUCGGCGUCCGGUGGUCCACGUCGUCUCUGCCGAGAGGUAAGGCUGUCAAUCCUUCUGAUCUCUCGAGGUUGGUUUCCGAUUUCCGUGGCAACCGCCGCCUUCCUAGGGUUUCCGCAUCCGAUCGGACGGCAGGAGAUGUAGGCAGGGAUCUGGAAGCCGAGGCCGGCCGAUCGGGUGGGGUUAGGGAUUCGGAUGGUCGCCACCAGGGGAAGGGGGUUUUGGGCUCAAAUUUGAAGAAAAAUAACGAGAGACAGGCUACCAGGAUCGCCGUCUCACAGCAGCAAAACCCUAAGCCUAAUGGGUUUAUCGGCUUGCCAGCGGCUAAGAAAGAUGCAAAAGCUACGGUUGCUACCUCGGAGAAACUUGGUGGCAGAACUGCCGCCGGUGUGGCUUCAGAGAAACAUAGCCGCAAAGAGGUAGCCGCUAUAAAGCUAUUGGUAGCAGACGGUGGUGAUGAUUGUGCCAAAGAGAAAGGAACAACUGCAGAACAGAAAAAGGAAACCAAUUUGUUGGCGCACAAAUCCGGAGUAGUGUGUUCCGAUAGAGGCAAACAUAAGGUAUGGCUGGUAUCAUGUUCAACAUCUACUGAUGGCAAAACUGCAGAGAAUGCUUCUGAUCGAAAUGGCUUGAAGGGCAGGAGUUGCACAGCAUCUAAUUCAAAAGCUCUAAAUGAUAUUAACAAAGAUACUGCCCCUGUUCUGUCGAACGACAAGAAGAAAGAUUGCAUAGUUGUACAAUCACAGACUUCACAGGAGGCGGGUGGUGAUGUUGACAUUAAGAACGAUCCUUCUGAGAAAAGGUGUAUCGAUUCAGUUCCAACAGUGAAGAUUCCAGAAAAAUCAUCUGCAGAUGUUACAGUCUUCGAGAAAGUAAAGGACUACAUGAAAGGUGCUCCUGUAGCUAAUAAGCAGCCAAGCAAGCUUCAUGAGAAGCUGGCUCUGUUGGAAGGGAAAGUUCAGAAAAUUGCUUCUGAAAUCAAACGAACUAAGGAAAUGUUGGAUAGCAACAACCCAGAUGAAUCUAAGCUGAUACUGUCUGAUAUCCAAAGCAAGAUAUCUGGGAUUGAGAAAGCUGUAGGCUGCACAAUUGAUGGUACUAUAUGUCAAUUUGGUCCAUCGAAAAUUAUGAAAGGAGUCGAUUGCCACAAUAAUCAUAAUGUGGUAUCACGUCACUGUGAGGAAAUAAGUGUUCCAGGUCAUUUAGUUAAUGAUUCGAUCGAUGAAGGAUUACAAGAAAGGCUCUUUCCUCAUCACAAGUUACUAACGAACAGGAGAUCAUCUGGACGACUUGGAACAAAUCAUAAUAGCAAUCCAGAUGUGGAAGAUGGGCCAGGGAGUCCUAUCGAAGCAAAUCCCAUUGCAUUGGAGUUCUUGGCUUCUCUAAAUUCUGUACAAGCGGAGCCUAGCAGAAGUGUCUCCAUUGGUCAUGUGGCAGUACGAGAGUUGGGGGUUGAUAAGGGCUCAUCAGAUGAAAGGUAUGUUUCAAGGAAGAAGGUCAUUGAGCAUUGCAAGGCUGGAAUUGAACUCAAUGAAAAACAUGAAGAGUUUGAGGACCGAGAGAAGAAAACUGCAAUGAUGUUGCAUGUAGAUAAUGAGGAGCCUUGUGUGAAGCAUUUAUGUGAGAUUGGACAAAAACCAUCGACUGGUGGAUGGUUUGUCUCUGAAGGAGAAGCCAUUCUUCUUGCCCACGAUGAAGGAUCCUGUUCCUACUAUGACAUAGCUAAUAAUGAGUUCAAGGCUGUAUACAAUCCACCAGGAGUGACCCAUAAUAUAUGGGGUGAUUGUUGGUUAAUCCGUGCACCUGGUACAGAUGGAUGUUUUGGAAAAUAUGUUGUCGCUGCAUCAGCUGGGAAUGCUUUGGAAUCUGGAUUUUGUUCAUGGGAUUUUUAUACAGGAGAUGUGAAAGCAUUUUCUCUUGGGGAUGUGACAACUAAUUCUUUCUCACCAUCAUCAUCCAGGAUUGUCCUUGGCUCGCUGAGCAAUAGAGGUUUUAGCAGAAGUGCUUCAUGUUCAAUGCAGACUGUUGGACAACCACAGUGGUGGUACAGGCCCUGUGGACCACUCUUAAUCUGCACUGGAAGUGGGCAAAAGGUUGUCAGUGCUUAUGAUAUCCGCGAUGGGGAUCUAAUAAUGAAGUGGGAAGUCAAAAGCCCAGUGACGGGGAUGGAUUACUCGAGCCCUCUACAAUGGCGAAGUAGGGGAAAGGUGGUCGUGGCAGGAAGUGAAGCCAUUAGCCUUUGGGAUGUAAAUUCUCUUACCCCGCAGCCUCUGUUGUCUGUCACCUGUGCCGGUAAAAAGGUCCAUUCCCUUCAUGUCAACAACACUGAUGCUGAAUUGGGCUGCGGUGUUCGUCAGAGAGCGAGUAUAUCCGAAAUGGAGGGCAACGAUGGUGUGUUCUGCAUGCAAGAAAGUAUCAACGUACUUGAUUUCCGUGUCCCGGCAGGUGUUGGUCUAAAAAUCUCUAGGCAUGGAGGGAUCGGACACUCAAUUUUCUCUCGUGGAGAUUCCAUAUUGGUUGGUAGCACAGAAGCAAGAUUGGCCAAAGGCAGCCCACGGUCUCGUGUCCAACAUUACUCCUUGCGUAAAGGAAAGCUUGUGACGACUUAUGAAUUGCCAGAAUUCAAUGCUCACUCACACUACUCUUCGUUAACUCAGGUAUGGGGAAACACCAACGUCGUCAUGGGCGUUUGCGGGAUGGGACUUUUUGUGUUUGAUGCGUUUCAGGAUGAAAGAUCCCAAGCUUUUUGCUUUGAUCGGGGGAAUACAGUAGGCGCGAAGGAAAGCAUUGGCCCCGAUGAUCUAUACUGCCCUACUUUUGAUUACUGUGGAUCCAGAGUUCUUGUCAUAUCAAGAGAUCGCCCAGCUUUGUGGAGGUAUUUAUAAUAUUUAUCAGAAUUAUCCUAUAUUUGUUCGAUAAAACUCUUUGGUCUGUACUAUUUAAUGUUUGUUUUAUCUCUAAGAACGUUUAUUUAUUUUUUUUCUUAAUUAUCAAUUUAAAAGUUGAAUCCCUGCUAUUAUCAA